GUUUGGGAAAAUUCAAGAUGGCGGCAGACUCACUGGUAUUGAUCUCGAUCAAAAGGAUUUAGAAGAAAUGUUUAAGAAACUAAAGCAAAAGAUCGCAGAGGAGUCGGAAGGAGAGCAAAGCCCUCUCAGGCAGCAAUCGCGUGAGGGACAGGUACAAAAAAUUUGUCUAGUUAUACGCGUGAAUGCCUCUCUUGUAAAAGGACAAAUCGUCUUGUCAAAUCGUGUGUUGCAACUUUGUUCAUGUAGGUAAACUUGUUUAACUUGUUAAUAUUUUAGUCUCCCAGAGGACCAAAGAGCAAUGGAAGUACCACUGAAUCUCCGUCGACCUCAGCAGUGAAAGCUGCUACAACUCCUCGAAGGAAUGAAACAAUUAGUUCGCCAUCAGCAACUCCGACUUCACAAAAUAAAGCAAAAUCAACACCGCGAGAAGUUCUCGAUCGAGUAUAUAAUCUUCUUGAUGUCAAGGUAUGGUUAGCUUACCAACAUGUAAAGAUCUUACUCAAGCAGUAUUCUUGAAACUCGAAUUAGCAAGCAUUUAAAUCUUAGCAGCCUCUGAUAUAUUUGAUAACUUGGUUGUGCGUCGAUUGCGAUUUGCAUGGAUCAACGACAAUUUAAUUAUCGAGACACCUGCAAUUUUUCAUGUUCUUUUCAAGCAUUUGUAAUUUUUAAUGUGCUUCCUGAUCCUUGAACCAUAGCAUUAAUCAUUGGUACUUCUUUUGAUUCCAGUGACACUUCUCUUUAUGGUACAUGUAUAUUUAUUUCAACUUUAUCAGUAUCAGCAAGUUUUGAAAAAGAAAUUUGUAACUAGUGAUAAAGUUAAACCCUAGAGGCAUAGUAUAAAUGAAAAUAAGAAUAAGAGAGUUUGUUUACUUCUCAUAUGUAACUCAUUCAAAGUAAAUUUAUGUUUUUUGAACGAUAACAUGUAUCUUAGGGGAGAGGGGGUGUUUAUGUUAUAUAUAUAUUUCUUUAUAUAUAAUUCUUGACAUUAAACUUUGUGUCUUUCUUUAUGUCUUCCAAUGAAAUUGCAUUUUCUCACAUUGUAAUUACUGUAUCAACACAGUUUUCUUUAGCCACCAUUCCUUCCUCCAUGAAAAAAAAAAACAUUUUCUGGUCUUGAACUGAUGCCUAAAUGGACCAUAUUUGGAAAUCAUGGUAUAGUUGUGUAAUUAUGAUGGUUAAUCCAAUCAAAACUGUAUUUGCAUCAUCCAAUGAUUCAGUUUUUAGUGAUCAUAGAUAGCUUAUGAACAAAGGGAGUCAGAAGGAAGCAAAAAUGUGACUUGAAUGUACAGUACAGUAAUUGAAACCCUGUUUACAAUAAAAAUCCAGCAAAAAACUGACAAUGCAAUAAUAUGAAGGCAAUACCAUAGGACAUGGUAAAUAUGCUUAGCCAUAUGGCUAGCUUACAGAUAUCCCACAUGUACGUGUAGAAUUAAGGCAAAAGUUAUAAUACAAAAUUUUAAAUUUGAAUUCCCAACUGUUAAGGUUACAAAGUAGCUAUGAUAUUAUAAUAAUUUAAAAUACCUUAAACUACCUUCAAUUUAAUAACUCAAGUUAUAAAAAUCCAAAAAAGGUAAAACUUUAAACCACAAACCCUGCUAACAAGCUCCUUAGUUCCAGCUUAAGUAAACGUAUCAGGAAGUACAUUCCAGUGUUUUGCAACAGCCAAUGAGAAAAUGACUGCUCUGAUAUUGUUAGUUAGAUAUUGGCAGUGGUGUUUUAUUCUUGAUAUAUUGAGUGUCUUGUAACUUUGUACAUAUUGAUGAAUGAUAUCUUCUACAGCCUGGUCAGACUGACUCAAGGAAUGGAGAAAAGCCACAGUCUGGUGAAAGCACCCCACCCAAGAGCACAAGCACUCCUAGCAAAUCAGCAUCACAGGACAGUAUGAGCGACAACGAAACUCCCAAGAGAACAGCUGAACAGCAUAGUUUUGAUCCACCACCCAGUCCUAGUUCACUUGGAGGAGGAAAGUCAGAUGCGGAGUCUGAUGCAGAGCAGGGUAGUCAUGGUAACCCUUUGACACCUUCGGGGAUUGAAGGAGUUCCAAAGGAGGAGCUGGUGGCCAUGUUUAAGAAGCAGGAACGAGUUUUGGCGCGUUAUAAGACCAGAUUUUCAGAGGUGAGUGUGACAAUAUAGAGCAAAAUAGAAUAUGGUUUACUUCUCAAGUUGAUGUCAUUCAUUAAGUUUUUGUUUUUCUGUACACAUGUUUAUAUAAAAGAAAUUUCUCCAGCCUUUUAGGGCCAUCAAUUUAAGGCAUAAAUAAUAUUAACAGAACCAAGGCAGGUAGAGCAGGGAACUGCUAUUAUUUUCUAUUUCCAUGUGAAAGGAAAGAUCACACUUACAUGUGUCUAAAUCUUUUGAUUAAAUAAGCGUGAAAAUAAAACUUUGUGUAACAGGUGUUUCUUUCGUAAUUAAGCUGUAAAAUAUACAUGCCUAAAAUUUGCCCAAACUGGUAGUGUUUAGAAAAAUGUAUUGUUUUAGUUACAAUGUACCAAUGUUGAAUACUGUUACUAUUAUUACAUUUUAAAUCAAGUUUUUGUGCAUGUAGGUUUUUGUGGUGGAAGUCACACGUGUUCAAAAUUGUUUAAAUCAUUGUCGCUAUCAUUAGUUGUCUGGGCAUUUAAUCAAGCUGAUUGGAAUGUUCAAGGGACAAAAAUGUAAAUUUGAAUGAUUUGUGGUAACUGAUAUGACAACUGAAUGGCUUCAUUUUUGCAUAUUUAUUGUUUUGUUCAAAGUAGUUGUAGACGGAAAAGUAUGUAGAGUGUGGAGACAAUUGGCACUCAUAUUUUUGCAAAAGAAAUGUUUUUUAACUCCUUUAAACAGCCUGUAUUGUAGGGAAAAAGAUUUUGAGUUUUUUUCUUUCCGUGAAGCUUCUUGUGAUCAUGGUUGACAAGUUUUUUAACAAUACAUGUUCUUUAAAUUGAGGCAGUGCUCUUGUAUCUUUAUUGUUCAAGGAACAUGUUUUAAAUCAUGUUACUUUUGGGAAGUUGGAUAUCUUCAAACUCUAAAUUGUAUAAUAUCAAGGUUUUAUCAUUUUUAUGAGUCAUUCUGCUACAGUGCAGUAUCUGCAAUUUAAACUUCGGGCAAAUAUGUUUUCACCAUGUUAUCUUGUAUGGGAAGAGACCUUAUGAAAGAGGACAAAGAAAGAAUGACUCUAAGAAAGGUAAAAUGCACACUGUACAUGUGUAUGUUGAUUUGCUACUAAAACUAAAGCAGAGGAAAACGGGAUUAUUGUUAUUCAUUUUUGUGUUUUUGUUAUCAGAAUAUACAGUGUAGCAAAUAAAGAUUCCCCUGUAACAUCUCCCCAAAACUUUAUAGUGUCACCUUAAGCUUUCCACUUUGAUCACUGGUAAAAUCAAGUGAGCUCAGCUGUAACAGGUUUUACGGCCUAUGGCCCUUAAUGACAGCUCUGGUUAUCAUAUUGUAGGUAACCAAUGUUUCUGUUCCCUGUGACAAAUGUCAAGUAUGAAGGUAAAGUUGUGCUGUAGGUGAUCGUAAAUUGAGUGUUUCAUCUUUCAGGUUGUUGAAGCUUACAAGAAUCUCCAAAAGGAAAAUGAAAAGUUACAGGUGAGUUGCAGUGAAAAUAGCUAACAUGCUCUGUCUUUGCUGGUACUAAUGUCUUAGCAACGGAAAGAACUUUUUUACAUGUGUACAUGUAGUUCCUUUAGCAUUCUAUACAUUAUUUACAUAUAUCUAUAGGACAUAAGUACCUUUUCAGUCUUGAGUAAUGAUCUGAUCCUUACAACGUGUUUUAAACAGAUCAGUUAUUGAUUUAAAUGUAUGGUAUUGUUUUCAGACAAUGGAAAUUUGCUAUUUCCUGUUGUCUUUGAUUUGUUACCAAUAUAUACAAGAACUAUUAAUACAAGCAAAUUCAAACCAAUAUCACUUGAUAAACUACACAGUGUACAAUGUAAUGGUACAGUAUACAACAGUUACAUGUGGUUGUAAAAUUAAGUGGAAAUUAUCUUUCUGUAGCCUUGUUUUUGUCUUCUGAGGGAAGGAGGGGUUACUUUGUUAGUAACAAAAAGUAUACAAACAAGGUCCAUUCAAUUGUAGAUCUACUGGUAUAUAGGAAAUCAAUUACAAUGUGGUAAUCACAUUGAAUGAUAGCAUCAUUCCAACAUGGUAUGGCCAUGAAGCCUUCUUGGCCUUUGCUUUAGUUAACCCAUUAUAAGUAUAACAUUUAAAUUUAAUUGCAGACCUUACCAUUGGUAAUUGAACAUCCUUUCUAUCAGUAUAGUUUUUUUUUUGUGUAAUACUAAAACAUUUUGUAAAAUUCAUUAGUUAUUUAUGUAAGUCUUGGUCAGCGGUCAGCAAGCAAGAUGGACUGCUUUUAAGCUGUCUGUGCAAAUUACAUGAAUUUUUCGCCUUUUAAUUUUUUCUGUCAUAUUAAUUUGUGUCUUCUUGAUUGUUCUUGUAUUAUUUUGAUUUAAUGGCUGUGUAUGUUCCAUGUGAGGAGCUUCAAUGAUAAGUUACUUCUAUCAAAAAUUGAACCAAUUAAGAAAUUGUUGAACUUCAGUGGGGCUGAGUUUAGCAAAUUGCUGAAAUGAGUAGACAAACUUGAGAAGACUAUAAAAUCUCUUGAGCUGGAAAACCAAGCUCUCAAAUCUCAGCUCAAUUCAGUCAAUACCGAAGUAAAAGAAAACACGUUCUGUUUUCAUUCUUGUUUCAAAAAGCUCUUAAAAGAAUCUGUUAUCUCUAAAUAUGAAUUGGAUCUUUAAAUCUGAUUAUGGACACAGCCCUUAAUUAUUUUUUGUUUGUUUGUUUGUUUUUUUAACUUUAUGUAUGUGUGCUUGUGUAUUUCUUUAUUUAAUGCUUAUGAAAAUAUUUUUCUCCACAUGGUCAGCCACUUACCAGGGCUAGCAUCUGCUGUUUCUAAGUGCCUGUGCUCUCCAUCUUGCUAAUUGUCAACAUCUAAUUUGCUUCUUUUUUUUUCCUGGGGCACUAAUAAAGAUUGAUUGUUGUUGUUUGUUGUUGUUGUUGUUGUUGUUAAGCUAUGACAAAUCAAUAGGUUGUAUUGAGUCAUAUGUACUGUCACUUCAGUAAGCUCCACACGAAAACAAUAAAUCAACUGGAUUGAUGAAUUAGUGAACAGUAUAGUCAUGUAGAAUUACACACUGUAACUUUGAUACAAAUUAAUACCUGCUCAGCUAGUUAGUAUUCAUUAAUAACUUGUGAUACAGAUCUGUAGUCAUUGUUUCAUUCCACAGUUGUGAUAAAAUAUUUCACAUCUGAUCUGUAUAGGCUUUACAAUGGUUCGCCUUUUGCCCGCUAUUGUAAUUACACAUACAGAUCUCCCGUUUGUCUUUUAUCCAUGUCUUCAACAACUUAGUGUCUUGUACCUUUUGCAGAAUAAUCUCACUCAAAGUCAAGAUAAAGCACUGAGAAGAAUAUCAGAAAUGAAGGAGGUAAACUGUUUUAACUUAAUGUUGAAUUACCAACUUCAACUUGUCAUUAGCUCAAAGUCUUUCUCAGCUUUCUUAGUAUUGUAACCAUUGUUAAUGUUGCACUUACAUGUAAUAUACUGGCCCCUAAGAAGAACAAUGCAUGAGUGACAUAUACUAGUUUGUGUUGUUAAUAGUUCUUGGACAAAUAUGUAAAUGUGUUAUUUCAGUACAGUACACGGUACCUUGUUUUUGUUGGUUUGUGUUUCAAGUUCAGGUGUAUAUUUAUUAAUAUUUAUUAGUUUGUGUUAUUUCUCAAAACAAAUAAGUGAGGCUUAUAAGCUGACAAAUAUGUCUGCUUGUUUCAUAGACAAUUGAAUUGGAGAAACAGGCCAAGAUGCACUUGGAGGAAACACUUCAGUUGUCAAUUGAUGAAAAAGAGGAAAUCAUAAAAGCACUUCAGACACAGGUGGAUAAACAUUUAACACAAUGGCAACUCAACUUCCAAAUACACCAUUCCAACACUGUCACCUUUUUAGCUUACAAAUCAGAAAGUAACAAGUCAAUAGGCCAUUUCUAAGUAGCCUCAAGCCUCUGUUUCAAGCUGAGGCUAAGUGCGAAGCUAUUGAUGAUUAAAUGAUUUUUUAUUCUCAUGCAAAUAAAACCCAUUUUCAGUCAAUGAAGGUUUGGCACAGCCUCGUUUUGAAAGUCAGAGUUCUGAGAACACGGAAAUGACCUAUUAACAACCUUACAACUGUACCAUUGAACUAAAACUUGAUACUUGUCUUUGGGCUAGUUAGCUACAUGUGAACAACAUCUUGACCUGUGGACAAGCUGAUUGUCUUGUAACAUCUCACUCUGAAAAUAAGUGCCAAUUUUUAAUCUCUAUCCUGAGCCUUAAAUAAUCCUCAAGUUGAAGAAUUUGUUUUGAGCUUUCAGAUGUUCCUCAAGCAGUACAAGUGAAAAGGUUGAACAUCAUCUGGGACAUUAGUAUUUUGAAAAAAUACAUGUACAAUCUGUUACACUUUUCAUUUCCAAUCAGUAAAUGUAUAUUAGGAGAUACAAUGUACCCUUUAUGUACAUGAAAAAACCAGCCCUUACUAUACAGCUGUAGCUCCUUUUCAUUAUGUCAAAUGAUAGGUACAGUUUCUAAAGCAACAAGGAUCUCGCACAAUGCCUGCCACUGAUGCCAUAGAUGCAGCUGCACUUGGUAAGCACUCGUACAUGCAUUGUACAAUCUUGACAGAAAUACUGAAUGUCUGUUGUUUGUUUUAUUCUGUUUUCUUAUCGCAGCUUCAAUAUUUCAAGUUACUGUAUGCAUAUGUUACAGGUCAAAAUUAAAGUCAGGUUAAAAUUAUUUAACCUAGGUUGUUUCUCCAUUUCCUUUGUCUCCUAUAAGCCCUAACUCAUGAAUAAUUAGGGCUAGGGGACAAAGAAAGUAGAGAAUUAACCUAGGUUAAAAAAAUUUUAUCCUGAAUUUUAUUUUGACCUGUAAAGGGAGUCACUAAGAUUUCAAGUUGCCGGUUAUAUUCAACAAGUAGGUAGGAAACAAAACAGCUAGGGAUUUCUUUUGGUUCCAUUUUUCUUCUAUUUUACUAAGAAAGUAGCUGGAGGCCACAUUCAUAGUAGCCAGGGGAAAUCCCCGGCCCCCGUCUCUUAAUGACAGCUCUGCUGUAACACAUACAUUCUUCAUGUACAGGUCAAGUUAAAUUUAGUUGACAAUCAGAUCUAUUUUAGCUUUCUUUUCUCAACUUCAUAAGUUGCAUCUUUAACUGUGAUGAUCUUCUUUGUAAUUUUAAUGUUGAUAUGUAUUUUCAAUAAUUCUAUUACCAUUUUACAGGAUCACAAAGUGAUGAGGAAAAGCUUAAACAGCAAAGUCUACUGGAGAGGGUGAGAACAACAUUUUUCUACAUUUUUUUACAUUAAGUUGAAAGUGCUAGCCUUACAAAGAAGAAAAGCCUUCCUUUAUAUGAAAGUAUAGACGUGAAUUGUAUAGCAGUACAAUAAAGUUUAAUCCUCCAGUCAGUAAUCAUGUUACCAUGGAGUUGCAUAAUUGGCGACCAGACAGUUGAACAAUGCAGCUUUAGAGUAAGUCAGUUAAGAACUACUGCUGUAACAUGUCAAUGGUUACAUGUUUCUGUCAUUUGUAAUUUUCAAGCUUUUUUGAAUUCUAUGAUACUGUAAUAAUAUCAAAAUAUUGUUCUUCUUUGUAGCUGGAAAACCUUCAAGCUCUUGUAGACCAACAAGAGCAGGAACUAAAUGAGCAGAAGGUAAAAAUCACUUGUGGUGCAUUAUUUCAUGGUCAAUCUUGUACUCACACUAUAGUAUGUAACAAUAAUUGUUAUUCCUCCAGCCCGAAUGGGCUCUGAGUCAAUAACCCAUGAGGCCAAAGGCCGAAUGGGCUAUUGACUCAGACUGUACUGUACUGUUGACUGUACGUUGGUUUUCUUACAACAAAAACAGUGUUUUCCAACAUGCAAUUAGUUCCAUUUCUCUUGGUUACUUUUGCAGGAGCAAACUUUGAAGAAAGAGCAGGUGACCGGUAAUCAAAUGAGGGAAGCCAAAGCCCUGAUACUAAGAUUGGAGCAAGAGAAGAAAACAGCAAUCCAAGACAUGAUGGACAAUCUGCAGAUAGCACUAAGAGAAAAAGAUGAAGCAGUGAAAAACAGCAAUGAAAUGAGACAAGCUCUUGAAGAACGUAAUGUUCAGAAUGAAGAAAUGAAAAAGGAGAAGGAGGAGUUCUUUCACAAGAUGGAGAAGCAGCUGGAGGAAUCAGAGAAACGAAGAGAAAUCAUUGAGCUGAAGAAGGAGCGAGAGGUACUCACUUUUACAUGCAUGUACUUUAUUUUGAGGAAUUUUGUUAAUUAUUUAGUUUUCAGAAUUAUGUUUUCAAGUUUUUGUACCAAACCUCAAACCUAGUGAUUAGUGUACAAAUACAAACAGAUUUCAAGUAUGGUUUCAGAAAACUUUCAGUAUAUUGACAAUUACACUGUACAUGUAAUGUAACUACAGAUUGGAGAGCCAGUCUUAAAAGCCUCAGGUGUUAAACACGUAUUUUGGGCCACUGAUAAGGUCAGAAACUAAUGAUUAAAUGAACGUAACAAGUAAGAAUUCGUACUGGCUGAAGGCAGCAAACCAGUUGGUUAUUUUCAAGUAUGGCCAAGUUGUUGAACUCGGGACUUCUUGAACCGAGGACAACUCAUACCAGCGGUUACGGUACGGGCUUGAACUUGCAGGGGCCUCCGGGUUACCCGAAGUCUGGUACUCUAAACACUUGGCUUACUGCCUCUUUGCAUUCUAGUAUUGUAUUGUAGUAUUGUACUGAAACAGAAAUCUCUUGAUUAGAUUCAGGAGUUGACUGCUAAGUUUGAAGCAACAGCAAAUGCAGAGGAAAAGGAAAGAAAAGCAAUGAUGGAGAAGCUAAAGAAAGACAAGGCAGAAGUGGUGGCUCUCAUGCAAAAAGACAAGAGUGAAAAACUUGAGGAGAUGCUUGUAACAAAGGAAAUGGAGUUACAAGGAGCAUUGACUAAGAAAGCAAAGGAAAUGGAAUCACUUUUACAGGCCAAGGAGGAAGAAAUGAGAGCUAAAUACAAUGAGAAGGUACAUGAACACUCACUCUUAAUCUAUUGUAGGAGUUGACCAGUUUAGUAAUGGUUGUUUCAUUGUAUGUUUGUUUGUUUUCAUUUUAAUAUGCUUCAUUUUAAUAAGAAAUUUUCAACAGUUUUCAAAUUCUGUUGCUUCUUUUCCUUUUAUGCCUCAGGUGAAAGAGAUCGAGAUUGCUGUUGACGAAAAGGAGCUCCAGAAAGAAGCAGCCCUGAAAGAGAAGGAGAAAGAGCUUCAGGCCCUUAGAAUACAGCUGGAGUCAUUAUCAGAGAGUCUGCAAAGCCGUAAUUCAGAAGCGUCGCGCUCAGAGCAAGAACAAGCCAGUAAAGUAUCCAAUCUGCUGGCCGAGUUACAGAAGGUUACAGUGGAUAAGAAAGGCAAGUGAAACGUUGAAUUAAAGGAGAGUGAAACAGUUUUCAUGAAAAGAUAGGUUAGACAUCACGUUUACGUAAACGGUGCAGAUGACCACGCGGAACUUUCUCAUGCCAUUUUUUUACAUUUUCCGUGGUCAACGUGAAGAGGAGUGUCCUAACGUUCAUAAAAUCCGAGCGUUUGAACUACAUGUACAUUCGUAAUGGUUGCUUUGAUUGAUUAAUGCGCAAAAAUGUGUACUCCAAUAAAUUGGUUGGUUCACUAAAAAUCAAUUUUUCAGACUGUCUUUGAAUCUGUCAUAUCAAAACGUUGUAUGCAGCAGAAGUGAGCGGAAAUGUUCCUGACAACAUUUUAGCAAAAAUUUGGUUUUUCCACUUGAGUUGAUAAAGCUAAUUUACCACGCCUAAAGAGACUUUCUCUCUUCAAUUGAUGAAACCAAAUUUGUGUUUUUCUGUAGAAAGUAAACCCCGGUCCCUUGUUCAUGCAUAGGUACAGUUACAUAUUAUAGUUCGAUAAAUUUGCUUAAAAUUUUUGACAGAUUUGGAACAGAAGCUGUCGGAAACUCGUCAGAAACUCGACCAAGAGCAGGUUUGUUACCUUGACCUCUCUCUUAUUUCUUUGAUGAUAACUAUUCUUUGACUCUCCCAACACCUUGUUCUUGUAUCGAGCUAGGGAGAUCAAAUAGGUCCAUUUUAUUCAGUAUCCAGCACUGCGGUGUAUCUGUUUUUGUGGACUAGGAGUAGUCUUCAAUUGGUCUUGGUUCUUUAGUCUUAAGGCUUUGGUUUGCCAGUCAGUCUCGUUUUUGUUAGUUGCUGUCACGAGCUUCUUCCCUCCCUCCCUUGCUCCUCCCCCUCCCCCUUCCUUGCUCUAUGCAUACCGUAAAUCCUCUAUUAACCUCCCCCCCGAGGGCCUAUUUAUUUGAAACACAUUUGAGGGGGGAGCUUAAUAGAGACGGUGGGCCUUAUUAGAGAGGGAGACGUAUUUAAUUUAGCGAAGAUGGUUGUAUCGCUUCUCCAUCAAGACCUAGAAUGCAGACUGCAAAAGCUCAUGUACAAGAAGUUGAAGGUCAUGCAACCGAGGAUCAAAAAAAAAAUCCGAAUUCCCAACACUUGAAUAAACCAUCCUUGAUAAGUACACACGAAGUUUUACAGUCGUGAUUGAUUGAUACAGUCUAUAAUUUAUUAGUGAAGAAUAAUAAGGGGAGGGGAGGGGAGGGGAGUGGGACUUAAAAGAGAUGGGGGCUUAUUAACUUUCUUCCCCUGAAAAGGGGGGUGGUGGGGGGCUUAUUUUAGAGAGGCAGCUUGAUAGAGGAUUUACGGUACCACAAUUCGCCUUAGUUGAAUAUACCAUGCACUUUAUACUUUCAACCGUGACGAUUGUUUUGUUUCAUGUUUGUUCGGAGGUGAGUUCCGUUUUGGCUGUACAACACAUGCAUUCAAUCGAGAGCUAAGAAAAUCAUCGUGUCGAUCAAUUCUUUCGAGUUUUAAGUAAUAAUGUCUCUCUUGUAGGCUAAGAUCUCCGAGAUGGUUCAGCAACACAGCAAUCUUGUGCAAGAAAAACAGGACGAACAACUAAAGAUGGUGAACAAGUUCAAGAAAAUGCACCAAACUAAAAUCAGUGAAUUAACCGAGGUCAUCAAAAAGAGCGAGCAGAAAGUGGCCGAGAUUGAAAAACAACGGAAAGAGGAGGAGGAACUUCAUUUAAAAAAAUUGGAAGAAAAGGAACGGGAGUUUGAAUCGGAAAAACAGUCUGAGCUAGCUCGCGUCUCUAAACGGAUGGAAAGCAAAACCAACGAAAUGAAAAAGAUCGUUAAAGAACUUAGGACUAAACUGACUGAAAAAGAAAAUCAGGCUAAAGAACUCGAGGAAAAAUUGAUUCUCAUUCGACAAGAAACUGCUACGGAAAAAAGCGCGACUAUGAGUGACUUUGAGAAGAAAAUUGAGACUCUUCAGAAGCAGUUUGCGGAGAAGGAGCGUGUUGUCCAUGAACUUGAGAACAAAGCUAAGGACAUUGAACAGAAAAAGUUAAACGAAAUCGAGGAAAUUUCCAAGGAUAGAGAUAAUCGACUCAAGGAAAAGGAACGGCAGUUGGUAGACGUGAAAGGAAAGCUUACGGAGAAGGAAUAUUACUCCAAAGAACUGGAGAAACAACUUCUGGAAAUGAAAAAGGAAAAGGACAAUGAAAUUGAGGCAGCUAAACAAGAAGCUGCGGUAAAGAUAAAAGAAAUUGAGGCUGGGUUUAGCAGCAAACGGGAAGAAGAACUGAAAGUUCUGCAGUCAGAGAAAGAAAAAGAACUUAUGGCAGUCAAAGACGUUGAAACUAAAAAGAACGAAAUCGAAAGAAUCAACGAUGAACUCAAAAAAAGGCUUAAGGAAUCUAUGGACAAUGAAACCAAACUAAGAAAGGAAUUGAACUCUGCAAACGAGAAGUUUGUAAAACAACUUGAAAACUGCAAACAGAAAUAUGGAGAUGAACUUCAAAAAUACAAAGAGCAGUUACUUCUCGUCGAAGAAAGGAAUCAUCAACAGCUUUCUGACUGUCAGACUAACUACGAGAAACAGCUUUCAAAUUUAAAAGAAAAGUACGAGGAAGCUCUUGAUAAAAUCAAGAAGGAAAAAUUACUCGUCGAGGAACAGUGUAAGCUAGAGUUGCAAAAAAUGCGCGCAGAACUCGAUGACAAAACGACAGCCGGCAAGGACGAGCUAGGCGUUAAAGAGGCAGAGCUUGUUCAUUUAGGCAAAAAAGUUGAAAGUUUAAGUUCCGAACUUAAAGAACAAAAAGAACAAUCACAGCGGAGCGUUGAUGAACUGAGCAAAAGUAUAACGCUUAGAGAUGACAAGAUUGGUAAACUGAAGGAAAGGUUGAAGGUUGAACAAGAUGCGCUUACAACACAGCAAAAACAACAAACUAAAGCAAUGGAGGUUAAAGAACAGGAAAUCAAGGAGAUGUUGAGUAAAAUGGAGAAUGAAUUUCAGCAGCAGCUCCAGGAGAAAGAUGAUGCCGUAAGAGAAAAACUAAACGAAAUUGCACUCCACCAUGACAUGGGAGUCAAAGAUGUUACAGCUAGCUUGGAAAAUAUGAGGAAGGAGGAGCUAACAAGAGCUGAAGAGCGACAUCACGCUGAAAUAUCGGAACUUAACCUUGGUUGGGAAAGAAAGGUUGUCAGUAUACGAAAAGAACAUGAAGAAAACAUGGAAAAGAUGUUAAACGAAGCUAGAGAGAAAGAAGAGAACCUGGUGAAUGAGAAUGUGAACUUAAGAAAUGAGAUCAGCAAAAAAGAAAAAGUUCAACAAGUCCAGGUGGAAGAACUGCAUUCUAAAGUAAACGGCGUUUUGGAGGAGAAGGAAACGGCGAAUGCAAAGGUAAGAGAAUUGGCGGAUGAAAACAAACGCUUUAGACAACAAAUUGAGAAUAUUAACUUGGAAAUGGAGAGUAGACUACAUUAUCUGACAGAGAAUCAUCAACAUGAAAUCGAAGACAUUAAGAACCAGUCAUUUCACGAGGUUGAAGAACUUGCCUUACAGCAGAAAAGUGAUUUAGCGAGUCGCGACAACGAAGUUGAAAAUGUCAAGAAAGAGGCAACGCAGAAGUUAGAUGAAGCAAUGCAGAGGCAUAAAGAUGAGAUGGAGGAGAUACGAAACAGUUAUCAAGCAAAGCUAGCUGAAGUCACAAACACGUACCAACAGGAUUUAGCGCAAACAAAGCAGAUUUAUGAGAAGCAAAACAUAGAAAUGGAAAAGCUGAAAAAAUACCACGAGAUUGAACUGAACGAGCUUCGAAAGAGCCAUGGAAAGCAAGUUGGCGAACUGUUGAAAUCUGGUGAAGAAGAUAAAAAUAAGGUCUCUAGUCUGGAGCAACUGCACCGCGAAGUAGUUGACGGCUUAAAAGUAAAGAUUACCGAUCUUGAAGCUAACAUCGCUAAGCAGACUGAAGAUUUCAACAGGUCCGAAGAAGAAAUGAGAGUGAAGUUUAAUGAAGAAAAGGAGGGUUUGAGAGAGCAGUUUGAACAGCUAAAGGUAAAAAUUUCGGAAGCAGAAACGCAGCAUCGGAGUAAAAUGGAAGAAUUACAGAAGGCGGCUGAAGAGAACGAGAGGAAAUUUGAUGUCGAAGAGAAGAAACUUAGAGAGCAAGUCGAUGAACUUAGUAGAGCUGCAGAGGAAAGAAGAUUAGCAUUUGAAGACCAAGAAGAAAAGUUGAAAGGCGAAAUUCAGAAACUUGAGGAGAAAUUAGGCGAAACAGAGGCUGUGAAUUCGAUCAAAAUGGAUGAAAUGACAUUGUCGGCUGAGCAAAUUAAGACAGCUUUCGAUCACGAAGAAAAGAGACUAACAGAAGAAAUUGAAAACCUGCGUAGGUCCUGCAGAGAACAGAGGGAAGAACUUGAGAGGUUAUCCAGGGAGUGUGAAGGAAAAGUUACAUCCGAAGAGAAACUCAAGACAGAUAUUGAAAAACUUAGAGAAGAUCAUAAGACUGAGCUUGAAUCUUUGAUGCAACAAGCCAAAUCAGCCAUGGUAGAAACUCUUAAGAGGGAGACUGAAAAACUGAAAGAACAACAUAACAAGGAAGUUCAGUCGUGGAUGCAAAAGACGAAAGAGAUCCAAACAAAACACCGUGAUGUGGAGAAGAAGUUAAAUGAGGAAUUGAACAACUUGAAGAAAGAACAUGAUAAAAAAGCUCACGAGCUAGUAAAAGACAAGGAAAAGUUUGUUAACGAACUACACAAAGCUAAGGAGGCCCUUGCAAAGCAACAUGAUUCUGAGAAGAAGUUGAGCGAAGAAUUAAAGAACUUGAAGAGAGAGCAUACAAAAAUGGCUCAAAAUAUCCAGGAAGAGAAGGCAAAAGUUGUUGAAGGAGAGAAAAGAAUGAAAGCUGAGCUACAAAAAGUUGAAACGGAGGUAAAGCAAGUGUCCGAGGCCACCUCCACAAAUCUUCAGAAGAAACUUGAUCAAGCGAAAAAAGAAAGAGAACAAGAAGUACAGUUGUUAAAUACGAAAUGGAAGGGAAAAUGCGACGAGAUCAACCAAAGGUACUCGAACCAGAUACAAAACCUACUGCAGCAACAUGAUGAAGAGAAAAGAAAUUUGAUCGGAGAGCAUUCCAAGGCUUUGGAAGAACUAAAAAGGAAAAACAGCGAGGAGCGGGCGGAACUGGAAGAGAAAGCGAAGAACCAGAUGGUCGAGGCUCAGAACACAAUAUCAGAGCUUCAAACCAAGGUAAAUUGGUGAAAAAAAAAAACACGGCAAAGGAACGCACCCUCGUGAUUUACUCGCUUACCCUUAAAAAGCAACUCCCCAUCGUUAAGCGUUCAGAUGGUGGUUUGCAUGCUAAUAAAUCUUUCAGCCGAUUUUCUUUCCAGUGAUGAUACUAACUUUAACCCUUGAAUUAGAGUCUUGCAUUCUAUGGUCGUCUGCACGUACCUUUCUUCCACAUGUCAUACAGUACCUCCACUAAGAUUUUUCUUUAGGAAAUAACCCUGUCUCCACCAGUAUAAGUCAUGUCCAUCGGUGAAUUCCCAAUUUCUGGCUAUUGGGUAGAAAUGUCGCAUGGCUUAAAGUCGUUGUUGGGUGUCCGCAGAUAUCAUAUACCCAUGUUUUAUUGGACUGCAGUUGAGAUAUCGUGGAAGUCUGCGCCAAAGUUGCAACUUGAAAGUCAUAAUUCAUUUAGGUGAAAGUAGUUUCUGUAAAGGCCGGUGAAGGCUGACUCGUCCCCAUUCGUCGUCUCUCAUUAUUAGUAUUUGGCGUGGAAGACUAGAAAGGCUCUUUAACGAAGGGGAUGACGGGAAGGAAGAAGGGAGAGAAGGUCUCCCCUCCUCUCGCCUUCCCUAGAGACAACUUAGAGACGACAGGGGACGAGUCAGCUGUGAAGGUGAAACUCGAAGUCUAGGACGGCAAAACAAAACAGUCCACAAGACAAUCUUGAUGUUUGUCCAGUACGUUUAGGAAGUUAAUCCUAAUUUUUUAAAUAAAUGAACUCCUCCUUUAGCUUAUGGUCAUUUCCCUUUGAAGAUUUGCCACUCUGACGGUUGUUUACUUUACCGGCAGUUUCAUAUCUGCGAUCGUUUACUUCAAAUCUGCUCGCAUGAGUUGUCUUCAAUGUUUUUCUCGUUAUUGCUCUAAGAGAGAUCUCUGUCAUUAAUAACAGUGUUCUUUUUUUUUUUUUUAAUCUGUUAGGUUAAAAAGGCGAAGGAAAAGAUAAAAAACAUGAUGAGCAAACAUGAACAAGAAAUCAAAGAGUUAAAAGAGAGUAAGGACAGCAUCGAGAAGGAGUUGAUAACAGUGCACGAGUGCGUGUCAUCCUUAAGGAAGGAAGUAGCAGAUACCACGGAAAGUUCUGAAAACAAACUCCGGGAGGCCUCCAAACGCGAAGAGGAAUUGCAACUUAAGAUUGUUUCUGGAGAAAGCAACAACAAAGUUGUUGAUCAAAAACUGGCGGAGUUAAGCAAAGAAAAGCAGGAAGCAAUAGAUGCUGCAGCUUCUAAGGAAACAGAGCUGCGGCAUCAGCUGCAAAUGGUUCAGGCAGACUUACAAAGCAAAGUGGAGGAUUUAGAAUCAAAGCUUAAAGCCAAAGUAAAGGAGCAUUUAGAACAGGUCAAGGAGAUCCAAGACGAAAAAGAGAAACAAUUAGAAAAGCAAUCGGAGGAACUUACGGCGCAGUAUCGAAGUAAGUUGACUGAGAUGAAGAAAAAAGCGGAGAGCAAGAUUGCUGGUUUGAGAAAACAGAUCAACACACAAGCUGUGGAGAAAGAAACUGAGUUGUCUAACGUCCAGGAGUCUUUAAAUUCAGCGGAAAACAGAAUUAAAGAACUUGAAACGAAACAUCAAGAGGACGUAGAUAAUUUAAAACUUGUUCACCAGGAAAAGCUAGCAACGAAACUUGCAGAGGUAAGGCAAACCUGCGAGGGUCAAGCUGGAACCCAAGAAAAGGAGUUGCGGAACCAAAUUAUCAACCUUGAAUCACAGAACAAAGAGCUGUCUGAAAACGUUGAGAACCUAGUUGUGGAAAAAAUGGAUGCGUUACACGAACAAGAAGCAGCUCUAAAAGAUGAACAUGAAGCGGAGAUGGAAAAUCUACGAAAAGAACAUACAGGCGAGCUUGAGAAAUGUGAAAAGAGAUUCAAAGCCAAAAUGGCAGACAAAGAUCUGGAAUAUAAUUCAAAAAUCAAACAGCUUCUGCGAGAGUUUCAGAUAAAAUACAGCGAAAAGGAAAGAGAGCAACAGGAAACUGUCGGUGAAUUGAUUGAAAAGGGGCAGAGAGAAGAACAGAAAAUUAUCGACGAGUAUAAAACUGAAAUCAUUGAGUAUCAAAGAGAACUAAAACUACGAGAAGAUGAAAUGGUAGCUUUGAAAAACUCCACAGCAGAACGGUUAGAACAAAAAGGCAGUGAAAUUGAAGAGCUUCAAAGGGAACACACGGAAGCAUUACAGAAUAUUGAGAGAGAGCAUCAUGAAACGAUACAAGAGAUGGUUAGAAAAAAUGAAGAAGAUAUGGAAAAAUUACACGAAGAACACAGAGCAAAAGUCGAAGAAAUUCACGAGAGAUACAAGAACGAGCUGGAAUCACAGGCUCGAGACCGCAAGUCCGAAGUUGCGGCUGUGGAAAAAAAGUUGAAGACUCAAAUGAAGAAAAACCAGAACGAAAUGAAGAAGUUGUUGAAUCAAAAAGAGUCUUUUAUACAGGCGCAGAGCGUGGUGUUGACUGAGGCAGAACCUGGACAGCUUCAAAGAACAGGGUCGUCCAACUCACUUAAUAGUGUAAGUCCAGGACGCUGGAAUUCUCACAGCACAGGAACCCCACUUAUGCUCAUACAGCAUCGCAGACUGACUGCAUGAAGACCCACACGACCUGACAGUAAACAGAACUUUAAUCUGACGUGACUGGUCACUGAUAUCUAUUUAGUGUUGAUCACGUUAGCGUGUUUUAUAUUUACUCAUUUAUUUAUUUAUAACUUUGUUUGGCUGCUUGCUUGUUUGUUUAUCUUUGCUGUUACCACUUAAGAAAUUGGUUAAUUCUUAUCAUUGAUUAUACGCGACAAGGAAUGCAUCACAAAGUUUCUUUUGGCGGGUUUGUGUUUAUUUUAAGUUUUUUCUUUUGGGGCUUUGAACUGUUGACCACGUUAACACUGAACAAAACACAGUAAUCCUGCCUUUCUCCUCUCCUAAGCAAUAGCCACUUCUUUGAUACCAACAUAAAAGAUGUUGUUCUUGAAAAAAUUAUGAUGGCCCAGUACGUCUUGAUGUUUCUUUAUCUUGCAGUGUUUGCGUAAUUGUAUAACUGUCCAAACUCACCACGAAAAUUUGAAUUUAACGUUACAGCUGCCUUAGUCCAGAUUUUAUGUUAGGAUUUUGAAAUUUUGAUGGUCCAACGCUUGAAAUAUGUCAGCUCUCUUUAACAUCUUCACAUUCCAACUUCUUUAAAUGAACUCAUCAGCGGUUAUGUUCAGUUUACUUGAUGUUCUUUUUUUGAACAGGAGCCAUCAGAAGAUUCAAGUCAAACACUGCUUAAGGUAAGGUGCAUUUUUGCAGCCUAAUAAAGGAAAGUAACGUUUUUGACGCUAUAAGCAAUAACUCACUAAAUUCUUCAUAUCAAAAAUUCGAAAUGAGUAUUCGUGCUUGCUUUAUUAGCUGCUUAAGCUACACGGCAAAGGAAAGAAGUCGAAACAAGGAUUUGAGAUCAGACCCGUGGGCAUCGAACUCGGGACCUCUUGCACAGGAGGUCACGCACUAACCAUCUGUGACAAUUCUUGCUCCGGUUGUGCGUCAUUUUUAUCAAACAGAUUCCAUUGUAUUGAAAACAGAUCAUAGGAUUUCUCAAAGCUGUUGCUUUUUAUUUGCUCAGGAUCAAAUCACGAAGUUGCGGGCGGAAGUCAGUCAACUAAAGGAACGCGAGGAAUCACUUAAAUCACAGGUAGGUCCAGUGCUAACGAGUUUAUGUUAUGAGAAGAGGUUAUUGUUAUGAUCCUGUGGUGCCUUUCUUAAUAACUAAGUUGUUGAGUGGUCUGUAGUCAUGUCAAAGAUAAGGUGAAAUAUGAUCUGCCGGGUGGGGGUGGUUCUAAAAAGCACUGUUGUUGACAGUGACUGACGUUUCGACAACCAGUGAGGACUGAGGAAGUGACCGGGUUAGUACAGAGUUUUGAGGUCGUGAAAAAGUCUUGAAAUUUGCCCAGUAAUUUUCCAGGCCUGAAAAAAGUCUUUAAUAAUGAUAAAAAGUCUUGAUUCUUUUUAAAAAGCUACAACAAGUGGUCAAAUCGUUGAACUAAGUCAACUGUACUCAUCCGGACGGUCAUAUUUCACCUACUUAUAAAACAUCUGUCCCCUGUUAAGAGUUACUGUUCUGUCACUUAUUGUUCUGAACAAGGUGGGUCUAAUCUUUGGACUCCUGAAUUGUGAUCAUGGAAAUUGGUUUUCUUAGCCAUGAGGCCAAACUCUCUUAUGUUUCUCCUUACUUUCCCUUGCAUGAUGUUUUUAGGUUGCACAAGGGUUUAUAACGUUCAUAGUCAGUAGUAAAUCUUGUACGAGUAUGAUUGCGUGACUAGACUAAGCUGCCGCGCUGUACGUACCUGUGGCGUCUGUCCAGUGCGUUAAAAAGGCUCGUUAGUGUUUUGCUAAUAUAUAGUAAUACUAAUUAUGUAGUUUUGCUAAUAUAGUGUCGCUUAUGCUUUUUUCUUUUCUUUUGUGUUUUUUUUAGAUUGAUCAACUCGGUGGAUCGCCUCUGAAAGGCAAAGCAGAUCGACCACCUCAGCUAAAUUUAGUAUCCAACCCAUUGUCUGAAAAUUCUACUGUGUACGACCCAGCCCCCAAGUCUCCAGUUGAGCCGACAGAAUUUGAGGUGUGACUUGCUUAUUCAUUCUUUAUCUUAUUCUCUGCAUCUUCUACCCGUCUUCUUUUUUCUGACUUACUGUCUCCUUGACUUUGCAGUAUCUUCGAAAUAUUUUGUACGAAUACAUGAUGGGACGAGAGCGAAAGGUGAGAAGAUAUCAUUUGAACGACGUACGCAUGUUAUAGCGUAGAAAUUCUCAAGGUUUACGUACGCCCCUCUUAUCUUGUUUUCUUACCUUUUAGCAAAUGGCCAAAGUGUUGGUAGCCCUUUUACGAUUUAGUGCCAAACAACAAAAAGAAAUUCUACAAAAAGUGGAUGAACAAGUUAGUCAGGUAAGUGGACCAUAUACCACACUGCACCUUUCACCACUUCACUGACAGAAUUUUUACAGGUGAUUGUGACACCGUGCCUAAAACCUAAUUUUGCGAUUUCCCUAACUUUACAAAAGAAAGUCAGAAUUGCUGUUAUUCCAAUCAAAGUCACUGAACAAUAAGGCGGUAUUGUUUAUUAUUAUGCUCUCUAGAAGGUUAGGCACCUGCUUAUGAGAUCAGAAAAUGUAUAGGCUCUUUUGAAAUACGUGUUUAUUGUAAUUGUUCCUACUAUUACUUUUACGUGUUCUUUUGACUGCAAUUAAACCCAAUCUUAAAACUCGCGAAUUUAAAUAUAUUUGAAUUGGUGAAUAAAAGUCUUCAUUCAACGCGACUGACUUUGACAACUUAAAAUUACUUACAAAAAACGUAAAUGUAUACUUCUACCUUUUUUUCUCUUUUUACACUUCCUUCCGGUUUUGUUGAUGUUUGUUUGUUUGUUGUUGUUGUUGUUGUUGUUCGUUUGUUUUAGAUAUUCUUCAAGUCGAUAGAAACUAAACGGAAUCAAGCACACUCUAAAUAUGUUAUAAAACGACCUUAAAACAUUUCGUCAUAUAUUUUAGAAAGCCAACUUUUUGAGGUCAGGUCUUUGGGUUUUUAACAAAUGUAGCAGGCAAUAAAUUAUAAAGGCGUGAUAACUGUAAAUUGUCCUGAUUGGUGCCACCAAUAAAAGAUAACAGGAUCAAGAGAUUUCCACGCAUUAUGAAAGAAUUGUCGUUGUCAAGAUAUGUUUUGAUGAUGUGAUCUGGGGAUGAUAACAGUUAUGUUUGUGAUUAUUUAAUUUUCGUGCUUUUUGAUUGGCUGAAUCAUCUCACGCCUCUUGAAGCAUUCCUAAGUAAAAUCGUAACGCAUGUGACUUGCUCGUGCGCAUUUUCGUCUAUCUGAAGCAGGCUAUCUGUAUUCGCCAUUUGCACAUCUCCCAUAAUACUCCUCUUUUGCCCCCCAAAAUUUUGCAUAACCUUUGUUUUUCAUUUCUCCUGGGUGUUACAGCCGUCCCAAGAGAAAUUGAAAACAAUGCUUUUACAAAAUUUUGGGCGGCAAACAAGGUGCAUUUUGGGAUAUGUGCAAGUGGCGAAUUGUGAACAAGCUGUGGUUCAUUUGAUCGUUUGCGCUGAACGUGUUUGGCCAAACUAACAUCUGCGCCGGCACUUUGCUAGGUUUUGAAAAUCGUAAAGGCAAAUAAAACAGUCAGAUAAGAUAGUAUUAAUAUGAUCUUUUAGCAGGAGACCAGUGUUUGUAAACGAAUGAAAUAACUGUAAAUCUCUGUUUUGUGUGUCCAAAUAAUAGUUAAAUUCAGUGUAAUAUAACUGUGCAUUGGCAUUGCACUUUCUUAUAACUUUCCUUUUUGAUAAAAAUGUCUUGAGAAAUCUAUAUUUCGGCAGGCAAUGCUCAACUAAUGGCUUUUGACUACAUACUUGUUACAAAGUUGUCGUAAAGUUUUUUUUUUCUUGUUGAAACAAACAUGUCUAGAUUACCUUUUAGUAUAAAAUAUCGAUGUAGCUUCGAAUUAGUUAACCCUCGUUUAACUCUGUAAAGGACAUCAGUUUAACUGCUAAACGUCUGUUAAAAUAGUUAGUUGCCGCCUUUCAAUAAACUUGUACUGACAGAAGCCUUGCGUAAUUGGGUCGGUCACACAACACUUUGCCUCACCCAUAAUACGUGUCACGUCAUUUGACUUCUUGUUUUGCCCUUUCAGGGUGGUUUGUUUUCGCCGUUUAGGUCGUAACGCAGUCCUGUUUUUUCACGCUAGAAGGUGAAGAUGCCAUGUAAGCAUCAUUAGAUCAGAGAAAUAGCUUAGAUAGGGCGAGGUAGUCGUCUUAGAAACACUUUAGAGUGCUGUUUACAUGGAGCUGAUCGUAUGCCCUCGAGAUAGGUUGAAGAGAUCAUGAUCUUUUCAUACGAACUUUUCUGACAAAUAAUUAUAGUCUAAAGCUGGGUCCUGUCAAAGCUCCUUAAUACGGAUAUUAGAAGGUCAGACCCAACUGUCCGCAUUACAGAUAAGGCAGAGAUUGUGUAUAGUUCUACUUCUUUGGAGCCAGAAUCCAUAAUAAAGGGGAGUGGAACAAGGACAAUUUUGUAUUGGCAAAUGAACUGCCGUCUCAUGGCACCUUAACAGCUAUCUCAUUUGAUCAUGCGUUUGUUUCGCAUCUGCUGAGAGUAGUUCAAUAUUUUUUUGAAGUGUAUUUCGCUGCUAUCGCGAAAGAGUUGAUCAUGUCACUUAUCCCUUUGAAGUAAUUUAUAUGUCGUUUUCAUUGCCAUACCCCAAAACAAAGGAAUAAAUUUAAACAAAGGAUAGAAUUGAACCACAACAUAUAUAUGCGCAUAGUUUUAUAUGAUCUUGAUUUUGUUGUGGCUUGUCUCUCUGACUCAUUGAUUGUAUCUCUGUCAAUCAGGCUGUGUGAGGGACAAAUUUAUUUGACUGCCUGACUUGCUGACUGUCUGUCUGAGAGAUUUUAUGACUUACUGACCGUCCGUCUCAUUGAUUGUCUGUGUGACGGUGUGUCUGUGACCGUCUGGCCUAGUGAAUGUCUCAUGGCACUGACUGCUGCAGAGUCUUUUCAGAUUUUGUCUUGCUCACUUUCUGCCUGACUGGCAAGUUAUUUUUUAUGCCUACGUCUCCUAACCAUUAAUCGUUUUCGUUUGUUUUAUUUUUUUAGGGAAAGUCGAAGUCGUCUUCGUGGUAUUAACAAAAGUGGAUUCCCUCGAAGUUAGAAUCGUGGAAUUUAAAAAUCGCCCCAUGUAAGGGAAUCCGCAUCCGGAAUCCAGGAAAUUUCUGCUUGUUGAAUCUGGAAUCUAGUAUCUGGAAAUUUGAGUUUUGGUAUCCAAAAUCCUAGGCUUUGGGAUCACGACUACAGCUCAAGGAAUCCUGAAUACCACUAACUGUUGGAUCCGGAAUCAGCGUUUCACUUACCAAGAAUCCGGAAUCCAGUAGCUGGAAUCCAGAAUCCACGGCGUAAAAUCCGGAAUCCAAGACUGUCUUGGAUUCCCUUAUAUGGGGCGAUUUUAAAGGCCUUGUUUCUCACUGACAAGUAUUUUUUUAAAAGAAAGUUCAAAGGUUUUAUAUUCUUUUCGUUAAGCUUUUUUGUUGUAGACCUGAACAUCGGUUCUCAGGUAAAACCAGUAUUCAACUUACUUUGAUUCUGGAGUUGGUUUUUUCUGUACCCUAAUUAUUCAUAGGAGGCUACAACAAAUUCUGGUCCAAUCUGAGAACGAAUUUUACUAACAACACAUGCACAAAUAUCGAAUUCGUUUUAAAUCAUGGUGGCAACAUUAAAGGCUAUUUAAUAUUAUGAUUAUUAACAAUAAUUGUGUAAUGAACCAAAACAAGCUGCCACUCUUGUGUUGUAAAGGUAUACAAGGUUAUUGUUUUGUCAAAAAUUGUAAAUAGUUUAAAUUAUGGUUAUGGUAAAGAAAACAUUGACUGUCCUCUCUAGGGCCUCGAGUUCGAAAAUAUAUUUUUUACCAUGAUUAUUUCAUCGACACUCGUCCUUCGAGGUAACCACUGCUUCCAUAUGAGGUGGUAUCUUACUUUGUUCACAUAAAAUAGAGUACCAUUUAUGGGCUGUUUUAAUUUCCCAUUAGAACGUAUUUUCGUUUCGUAUUUUCGUCUGAUAACGCUACUAGAUGAUAAAAGUGAUAAGUGGAUAUGGGUUUAAAACGAAUCCAAUAUCCAGCCAUCGAACAUGCUUGGCCACUGAAGGAUAUAUUUUAUGACUAAAAGUGGAAACAGAGCAGGUAAGAUAUGCGUCGGCCACCCAAUCAGAACACAGCGUUUCUUUUAUUUUGCCCUCUCGCGGAGUCAGCCAGAUAAUACAUAAGAGAUAUUACAAUGCGUACGUAACAGAAUUCUCUUUGACACCAAGAAAAAAUCUCACCACACGUGAACUCAAUAGGAGCUUCAUCAAAUUGUUCUGUUAGUUUUAAGCUCAGUUUCGCCACUAUUGGUCAUACAUUGCAUUGUCUCUAAAGUUUUAUUUACUUACUUAUCUAUGCUGUUUGUUUCUAAGUUGGCUUGUUCUUAUGGUAGGUCAUAAUUGCAUAAUUAAAAUGUAAUACUAUUUCGAUGGUGCUUUUAAAGCGAUGAGGUGGUGAUGGAAAUUUUUUAUUUAGUAAAAAUUUACUUAACACGACGGUGCAGUUGUGGAUCCUUAAAAUAAGUUAUCAUAAAUAAAAUGACUUUGGUUCCCCAGCCUGUUAUUUGGCCAGGGUUUGGGAUGCUU